AUGCGUUCCCAACUGGUGUGGGCGGAUCGCGUCCAUGACAAGGAGGGCAACCGCCAGAGUAUCCAUGCUCUGGCCUUUCAGCCUGAUGGCACUCGUCUGAUUGCCGGAGGUGGCCAUCGUGUACUGGUCUAUGAGACUGCAGAUGGUCAACUCUUGUCAUCCCUCAAAGGCCAUAAAGAUAACGUCUACUGCAUUGCUUAUCAGCCACAAGGCCAAUUCUUCGCCUCAGGUGGUGCCGACUCGCAAGUCAUUAUCUGGAACGCCAGUCAGCUCAAGGGCGCGCUCAAGUAUACGCAUAAUGACCCCAUCCAGGCGCUGGCUUUCAACCCAGUCUCUGGCAUUCUCGUCUCGUGUGCCGCGACUGACUUUGCCUUUUGGUCGGCUGAUGACAAGUCUGUGGAGAAGAUUCGACUCAACAACACGCGCAUCUGCAGCUGCAGCUGGACCAAUGAUGGUGAAUACGUGGCCCUAGGCCUGUUCAACGGCAACAUCAGCAUUCGCAAUACCAAGGGCGUAGAGAAGGUCAACAUUGCUCGCCCCAACGCAGGGCCUGCCUGGACACUCCAGUGGAACCCAAGCGCGGCGCUCAAGACCGAUGUUCUCGCCGUCGGUGAUUGGGAUCAAAAACUCAACUUUUACAUGCUGAGUGGCCGCCGUGUGUCCAAGGAGCGCGCACUGGGCUACGACCCCUGCAGCGUCUCCUACUUCAGCUCUGGCGAGUACUUGGUUGUGUCUGGCUCCAACCGCAAAGUCGGCCUGUACACCCGGGAUGGUAUUCACCUGAACGACAUUGCUACCCACGAGGGAUGGAUCUGGUCUUGUGCCACCCGCCCGAACGACAACUAUGUGGCUGUUGGCUGCCAGGACGGCACCAUUGCGCUCCACCAGCUCAACUUCUCCACCGUCCACAGCCUCUUCAAGAACCUCUACGCGGUCCGCGACAACAUGACGGACGUGGUCGUUCGUGACUUGGAGCGCAACACGGAAACACGCGUCAAGUGCCGAGAACUUGUCAAGAAGAUUGCCGUCUACAAAGAUCAUUUGGCCGUUCAGCUGCCCAACCAGAUCAACGUCUACGCACUGCAAACGGGAGAUCCUCCACGCUACAGUCUCAUUAGCCGCAUGGGCCGCAAGGAAGACUGCAACUUGCUUGUUGUCACAGCCAAGCAUGUCGUUCUUUGCCAGGAGAAACGUUUGCAGAGCUUCACCUUUGACAACCAACAAGAACGGGAAUGGACUACCGAGUCGGUCAUUCGCUACAUCAAGGUGGUUGGCGGCCCUCCCGGCAACGAAGGCAUUCUCUUGGGCCUUGGGAAUGGUGCCAUCCUGCAAGUCUUUUUGAAUAACCCUUUUGCCACUGAGCUCAUCAAGCAAACCACCUCAAUUACGUGUCUCGACAUCAACUCGUCGCGCCAGAAGCUGGCUGUGGUGGAUGAGAACAACGUGUGCCUUGUCUACGACCUCAACAGCAAACAGUUGCUCUUCCAGGAACCCCACGCCAACUCUGUGUCUUGGAACAGCCAAAAUGAGGACAUGCUGUGCUACUCCGGCAACGGCCAGUUGCAUAUCAAGGCUGCCAACUUUCCCGUCCACUCACAGAAGAUGCAAGGUUUUGUCGUCGGCUUUGCGGGACCUCAGGUCUAUUGCUUGCAUGUGCAGAACAUGUCCAUCGUCGAGGUGCCGCAAUCGCACUCCAUGUUUCAGUAUCUGGACAAGGGCCUGUUUGAGGCCGCCUACAGCGUGGCCUGCUUGGGCGUGACAGAUGCUGACUGGCGCGCACUGGCCAUUGGUGCCUUGGAAGGCCUCAACCUGGAGGUGGCCAAGAAGGCCUUUGCCCGUGUGCAUGAAACCCGUUACCUCAACCUGAUUCAAAAGGUGGAAGACAAAGAACGCGCCACAGGCGAGCGUGAUGCUGACGAUAUCGUUCGGGCGCAAGUUUACGCAUAUCAAGGCCGGUUCGAUGAAGCUGCCAAACUGUACAACCGCGCGGGCGAGUCACGCAUGGCCAUGAACAUGUUUAUUGACCUGCGCCGAUUUGACCGAGCCAAGACCUUCUUGGAUCCAAACAAUUCGGAGGACACCAAAACUCUGAUGCGCGCGCAAGCCGAAUGGUGCAAGACCGCCAAUGACCCAACGCUGGCCAUUGAUCUGCUGACUGCUGCUGGUGAGGAGCUGGCUUCCGUUAACAUGAUGGGUGAGAACGGCAUGGUGCAGAAGCUGGUCGAAAAGGGCCGUGAUACUGCCACGAGCGAGGUUGAGAUUUUGGAGCGCAUCAUCUACUGGCUCAAACAACUCAACCAUGUUUCGAUGGCUGCGGAGAUUUGCGAAAAGUUGGGAGACCCCAAGCUGCUGAUUCAGCUGUAUGCCGAAUGCAAGCGCUGGGAUGAGGCGUUUGCCGUUGCCAAUCGUCACCCAGAACAUCUGGGCGAACUCUACGGCCCAUACGCUGAAUGGCUGGUCUCAGAGGAUCGUUUCCAAGAAGCCCAGCUGGCCUAUCGCCAGGCCGGCCAAGAGAACAAGGCCAUCCAGCUACUCGAGGUCUUGGCCCACAACGCCGUUGUUGAACGACGCUUUGAUGAUGCUGCCUACCUGCACCAUCUUCUGGCGCUGGUCGUGAAGGAGCAGCUGCUCGCCUCGGACGGCGAACAGGAUGCUUCCCUGACGGAUAAGGACCCUGCUGUCGUGGCCAAGUACGAGGAUUUGGAGGCCAAGGCGGACAUCUACAGCUGCUACGAUAAGAUUUACCGCUACAUUGUUGAGCCCUUCACGGCGCAUUCGACCGAGGCCCUUUUGCACAAUGCCCGCUAUCUUCUCAACAUCAUGCCCAAUCGUAUCCCAUACGGCGUGUCCAAGUUCAACGUACUCUAUGCCAUCUCCAAAAUCGGCAAGGAACUUGGUGCCUACAAGCUUGCGCGCUACAGCUACGAUCAGUUGCAAAAAAUGCGCUUUCCGCCAGAGUUUCGGGCUUACGUGCAUCAAGGAGCUGUGGCCAUUCGCUCCAAGCCCCUGGAUGACGACGAGGAUCUCUUGCCCCUAUGCUUCCGAUGCUCACACCCCAACCCCUUGCUGAGUGGUACCAUCAAGUGCACAUCGUGUCAUCACAAUUUCUUCUUCUCGGGAAUGUCGCGUGAGGUGCUGCCGCUCGUUGAAUUCCACCUGGAGCUGGAUAUUGACGACUUUGAGGCCCAGCGCCUAAUCAUCGACGAUUCGGGCGUGGGCGCCAAGCGUCAGCAGUGGAAUGAGGCAGCUGGUGCCCAGGUCAUGUCCAUGGAUGACGAUGCAGAUGGCGGUGACCCCUUCAUUGCUGCCUUUAGCCGAUUUGAAGGGGGAUCCACCCACUACGAACCCUUGCGCGUGGACCGGGAUAUGCUCAAGGGCAUGCCCUCCAAUGAAGUUUUUUUCUGGGUGGACCCAUCCACUGGCAUGUUCCGCUACUGUCGUAACGUGCUUCCUGAAAUGCCCGUCCGGCAAUGCCCCAAGAGUUUGAGAUUUUUCACCGUGGAUGAGUGGGACCUCUACGUCCUGACCCAUGUGCACACGCCCUUUGCACGUUUGCGGCCGGAGGAAAGCGAAGAUUUGCGUACCAAGCAGAUCAAUGCAACCCAGUCGACAUCCGAGGCGUAA